AUGAACGCAUGGCAACGCCUGGUCUAUGAAGAGUUCAAGACCACCAUCCUCGCAAAAGGCAGUGGGCUCAAGACAUUCCCCUGCGUCUAUGCAACUAUGGGCUACCGCGCCGGAGACCAUCGCUAUGUGUUCUUGGAGUCAGAUGACCCCUCGGAACCAAGAAACGUACGAAUCAUUGCACCUGCCUUAAGGGCAUAUCUGCGGGUCUCAAGAUCGCUUGGACCAAACACCAGUCUAGUCAUCAUGGGCGCCCCAACCGAGGGCUCAUUGAAGACUGUCGAGCACUACAACAACGAAUUCUUCGAUAUGCUGCGCGGGUUGAGAAUUUGGGAUUCAAAACCAUGGCCCAAGGACAUUCCCCAAGAGACGAUGAACGAGAAGUGGACUUUCUGUUUUGAUGGCAUACCUCUUUUCCCAGUCGCCUUAACACCCGCACACCAACGGAGAUGGUCCAGACACGCUCCAGUACCCUUGGUUGCUUUGCAGCCCAAGUGGGUCCUCGACAACCUCAUGAGCACACCAGAGAAGCGCAAGUCAGCCACAGGAAAGGUCCGAAAGUUGUUGGCGGAGUACGACCAGAUCGAUAUCAGUCCCGACUUGACACAGUACGGCGAGCAGGGAACAUCGGAGAUCCACCAGUUGUGUCUGAGAGAUGAAAACGAGACGAUGGACUGUCCGUUCGACGACUUUGACAAAGGAGGUGGCAGAUCCUCAUCGUCUUCUUCGCGCCGUUCAUCCAUGGAGGAGACGGCAGCCUAA